CCUUUUCUCUGUUCUUUCUCGGCUCCUUUGCUACAUCCUCUGUAGGACUCCGCUGGUUUCAAGAAGGGAUCAUCACAUCCCAUGGCCAAUUACUCUAGGAAGUCAGGAUUUCUGACCUGUGAGUUCUGUGAUAUGGUUUUCCGCUCCUGGGCUUUGUUGGCUACCCAUACCCAGCGAUUCUGCAUUGGCCCGCUAACUCCGGAGAUUGUGGCACAAGAACAACAGAGCCGUUCAGAGCAGGAGGCCAGCAAAUCAGCUCUAAAGAUGUUGACAGAGGAGGUGCAACUGCUGAGGCUGUCGCUACAGGAAAUAAGUCCCUGGGCAACUGCGGGUCCCACCUCCCAGACUGCAGAGAGUCCUGGCGAGAGGCUGCGGACACUGCAGGGAAUCCGCGCCAGGCGCGUGGCGGAGACUGAAGCGCAAAGUCGGGCUCUGGAGCGCCGCAGCGAGGAACUAAAACGGCGCCUCCUUGGCGUAGCGGGACCCAGAGGAGGAUCAUCGGCGCCAUUCGGCCCGGAGCGCCAGCUCCGAGAACUCAGGGCCGAGGCCGACCGGACGCGCGGCGCGCUGCAAAUGCUGGGGGCGCGAGUCCUGGCGCUCCAGUCGCAGCCCAGCAUCCUACGGGAGUCUCUCAAGGAGGGGGAGUUCGGUCCGCUACCGGCCAAUCCGGGGACGCUGCCCGCUCAGAUCCGGGCUCUACGUGAGGCCUACGUGCGCGGUGGAGGCCGGGACCCCGGAGUUCUGGACAAAAUAUGUCAGCUGCAAGUGGAGGCGUCAGCCCUGGAGUUGAGGCGGUCGCAGAACCGCAAAGAAAAAUCAAGUGCCACCUCUGAAGAGCUUCUAGUAGUGGAAGCCGAAAACCGGCUUCUGGAGGCAGAGAUCAGGACCUUGCAGAAGAAGGGCCUGAGUCUGGCAUCCUGGGGACCCAGGGAACAUCAACUCCCUGAUCUCUGGUCACACGUGAGUAGAAGGAGCGAUAACCCCCUACUCCUGCCACCACUUACAAGUUCCAUAAAUGUACAGAACUUUCAUGGCACUUCAACGUGUGAGGAAAUACUUAAUGGAACCAUGACAAGGAACUUAGGUCUGGAUCGUCACUUCCUCCUACCUGCAUCUGAUGUUCUAGGCCCUGUGCCUUAUGAUCCUGGGGCUGGCCUUGUCAUUUUCUAUGACUUCCUGCGGGGCCUUGAUGCUUCUUGGGUUUGGGUGCAGCUAAUGACAAGCUUGACCCAGGAUGGACAGGAUAUAGGAGGGACCACAAUAUUGCCUCCAGCCCUUUGCCUACCGCCACCAUCAGAUCCUGGACCUAGGGGCAACUGUGCCAUCCUUGCAAGCAGGCAGCCUGUACCCAGGUUGCCUCCAUCCCCACUGAUAUCUUUGAUCUGUGAACUACAGGCCUGGCAGGGAGUUACAUGGCCACCACAACCAAAGGCUUGGGCCUCACUAUUGCUAUUUGACCAAGAUAAGCAUAUGCUUAGUGGCCGUUGGCGCCUCCCACUUAGGGUCCUUCCUCCUAAUUCCAAUCUCAGCCGUGUCCAGCUGAAUGAGAUUCCCCAGGCAGGUCAAGCUGAGCUCUUUCUGAGGCUGGUGAAUGCAAGAGAUGCAGAUGUUCAAACAUUGGCAGAGAUCAAUCCAGCAAGUGCCCAUGAAUACCAGUACCCACCACUGGUAUCAUCUUCAGUGGAAACCAGUUCCUUCGCCCACAGUUCUGGUUUUGCUGAUCCCCGACCUCUCACACAAGAGGCUUUUGUCAAUGUCAAGGAUAAAGAUGAGCACUUGAACUCCCACCAGUUUUGACCUAAACACAUCAGGUUUCUGAGGCAGAAGGCAGAUUUAGACCUGCAGCUUUUCUAAAUGAGGUCUGGAAAUAAUGAUAAAGUCCAACCAAGCCAACCAGGACUUUUUCUGCACCCGUUUUCCUUUUGUAAAGCAGAUUGAACAGUCAAUUAUUCACAGUAACUGCCUGGCAUUCAAAUUUCUAAAAAUAACUAGGCUUUGUUAAAGCCAGCUUUAUGGUCAAAUUUCAUUCUGCUCCCAGAUUCUAGACAGAAAUCUAUUCACAAUCAAGCUUCCAACCUACAGGAAACUCUUGAAGCAGGACAGAUGUCAACCAAGUAGAGGAUCAUAUACUGGAAUUGCAUUCUGGACCCAACACAGAUCCAGUCAGCAAAGAUCUUGUACUGGUCAUAUCAAGUCUGUUCCAAUGGGAAAGACGAUGGGGAAAAACACUUAGGACUCAAAAUAUAACAAUACAAAGACAUCUCAAGAAGACAGUUCAGAGACAGGAUGAGCCCAGCCUUUGUGACCAGCCCAGAGGAAUAAUCUGGUAAAAUGAGGACUGUCAUUCAGCACAACAGUCCUCAACAGUACAUUGACCCCACACUCUACUGCUUUAACAGCAAUGAGGGGAAUUAGUGUUUCAAUAGUGGCGUUUUAAAGAGCAAGUAUAAGACAGCUCUGUACUCACUUCAUGCACCCCAAUUGUCAGAGCCCAAUGGGAUGGCAUUAGCGCCUGACCACCAUCCCUCAACUAGACACCCAGAACUUGCCUUGCAGCUCUACCCCAUAUCCCACAGUGAGAUAUUCCAGGCAACCCAGGUCCCUUCCUGUAAAACCUUUCAAGCAUAAUUCCAGAACAAGGGCUGUUUUUUAAAAUUAGCAUAUUUAUUUUCAUAAGUCAAAACUGCAGACAAUAUAACAAUUCCAAUUAUUAACAUACUGCAACCUUUCUAUACAGAAAAGAACAAACUUUCUCCUCCUCCAUAUUCUUCCAGUCAUCCCCACCUCAAUCUGAGCCUUUCCAGUCAGACCUCCAGUCUUAGAUUUACAUAUCAACUGAUCUUCUGGGGAUCACUUCCCAUGUUUCCAUCAGUUUUUCCAGUAUAGGAUUAUGGCCUUAAUUGGAAACCAGAUGAACAGAAAAUGGGCACAACCCAAGACCUGAUUCAUAUUCCAUCAUCUACUUUCGGCACCAAACUGAUUUCUUUCUACCAGUUCUUGUUUGGCAGAUCCCUUCUAGAGACAGCACCACUGAAAGCGUGCAAGACAAUUGAAUUCAGCCAAGUAUUUGGAAGUAGAAACAUAGCACCAGUAGACAAUGAAGGGCUUCUAGCACACUUGAUCACCUCCACAUUAGUCAGGAAGUGGGUUGCCCAACAUCAAUACACAAAAUAAACACACACAACAAAAAUGUAGUGCCCCAAGAUUCCGCCAACAUUUAAGAAAAAAGCCAUCAAAGCCUUAGCUGUUGCCUACAAUCUUUAUUGAAGUUAUACAAAAAGAAUCCCCAAAAGUGAAAAAAUACAUUAUGUACAAAACCACUUUCCCUCAGGAGAAAGGUUCUGCUCCCUCUUAACAUGCAGUGCCUUCAACUGUAGCUGUAGACUCCACUGUCCCCUCUGUUGUUGCCGGGCUUUCAGCCUGAUUCUCAGCCUGAAAGACAAAGAACCUAGGUAUAACUUACCUUGACAUGAGCCAUCCCAUAAUAUAUACCUGAGCAGGCUUCAGUCAUAAGUCAACACUUUGACUGCACUUUGCUAUGGUAACAAGAACUACAAAGCCAGAAGUUCACACAUUACAUGGGAAGGAUACAGUCUUGCUUGCUUUUCUAUACAUUCAUUAGAGAAAUCAAAUAAAAUCCCUGUCAGGCAUCCUUUUACUUCAUAAGCAGAUAAAUUUCAGUACAGUCAUUUUCUGUGUCCAUAGGCACGUGGAAGGCCUACAGUUAAGACAACUGGCCAAGUCUUAACUCCCCACCUCAGCCUCCAUGCUUUCUGGAACGUCAUUCCCCCUGGGGACAGCAUCCCCACUGCCUCCAUUCAGCUCAGGCUCCUGUUUGGCUUUCUUUGCAUCCUCUUUCCGGGGGCUCUCUUCGUCUGGUUUCCUCUAGAGAGAGAAGUGUAAAGGCUUCAUAUUUAUCUUAACAAGACAAAUGCAAAAUAAUCCCAGAGCCCCCGUAGUCCCAAUAUCUGGAACAUACUGACUCACAGCUCUAUAGAUCUGCUGUUAUUAACAGGACAAUGCUGACCACUACCCAGGAAUAAACAGGUACAUGUAUUUUUAUCUUAAAUUUUCCCUAGUUGGGACACAGGCAAUUGGUGAGGGUGAGCAGUACAACUGAGUGUACAAACAGGUUACCCACUUUUACAGGAAACACGGAAGCAAAGAUUUACCACUCAGGGAAAGAAUUAUUGAUUGGGACUGUUGGCAAAUGUCAGCAAACCUAUGACUAAAGAAAAUCAGCCAGACCCUAAAAUAUAUUCACCUAAUCAAGCCUACUUAGCUUUCCAAAUAGCCUCCAGGCUAAGAAGCCCUGAGUUUGUUAAGUAAGGUAGUCUUAAGUGGAAAUGGUCCAUGCAAAGCCUUAGCCAUUUUAAAAAUGAGUGUUGUAGGGGGGUGGGGGA